AUGACCGAUAUUAAACCAAAAGUUAGACCGGCUCGUCGACCACCAGAGCCUCAACCUGCCGUUGCUAAUUCUUCCAGCCCAUAUAGUAAUAUUCGUCCACCGAAUAGGAAGCCACCACCACCCGUUCCUCCACCUAGACCUGAUCUCUUACAUCGGACAUCAUCCGAACAUGGCGCCGAUGCCACAAGCUCAACACCCAAGGAGAAAGUGGGCCAUAUGAAUAGACAAUCAAGUUUUCCAGAAGUUUACCGACCCAAACCACCCACUCCAACGCGAAAUCGCGAUUCUCUCUCGGAAGAAUCUGCCUAUCAAUCCAUCCGCGAUAGCUCAAUACAUCAAAGUUUCUAUCAAUUGGAUGAUUCAAGCACUGAUUCUGACUAUCAUAUUUAUGCUCAUGGGCCUAUACCUGAACAAAAUCCAACGCCAGCUAAACAACGACCCGGACGGCUACCGCCAGAAUUGCCGAAAUCUGUUGAAAACCGCUCGCCAAGGACACCUACAUCGCCAGCAAGCUACGUUCAAUCCUCUCCUCGGGCUCCUCCUAACAGUCUAAUAGAACCACCUCCUAUAGCAGUGGAAGAAGACGACGAAACGGCAGACUGGAUUACGGUGCAGCACUCAUUCCAGCCUUUCAUUUCGAAACCGGAAGAUGCUAAGAAAGCUGCCAGUAGUAUGGCACGUGAAGGAUACCUAACUGUUUCUAAAUCUCGAAUUCCAUCGGAAAAGAUAUGGGUGAAAUAUGAUUCAAAGACCUUGAAGUUUUAUGACAACGAAGAAAAGAAUAAAUUGUUAGAUAUCGUUCCAGUGUCGGAAAUGAAAAGUGCUGAAAUAAAAUCCGAUAACGCCAAAAGCGGCUUUAAAUUCGUUUUAGACACAUUUCCUGAACAAUAUAAUUUUAAGACUGGAACGUUUGAAGAUGUACAGCUGUGGGUUAUGGCGUUAACUAGUGGAAUUAUAAAGGAAACUCGACGAGUGGAGGAGUUAACCGGAGGAAACAUGGAAAAUCCUACCAAAGCUGGUUAUCUCAAAAGAUCGGGUGGGAAAAAAUUAUUUAUGGUUAUUAAAGAUCAAUACAUAUGCUGUUAUCACAAUCAACAAGAUUACUUAGACAAUAAAGUGCUGCGAAGAAUUGAUAGUAAGACGUCUAGUGUUCGAAUUCAAGACAGAGCCAAAUAUAAAUUUAUUUUGAGUUUAUGCGAUAAAGAAUUGAAGUUGCAAGCAGAGAACGAAGAAGACAUGCUAGCAUGGAUCUCUACCAUACAAGGAGCUAUCAAGAUUGCAUUACAAAAUCUUGAUGAUGGUGGCUCACUCCCUGCAAUGGAAGUUAAGAAAUAUAUCUACCAUAACAGCAGUAAUAGAAUUUGUGCGGACUGUCUAUCUAGAGAUCCCGAAUGGGCCGUUAUUAACUUAGGCAUAACUAUAUGUGAGAAAUGCGCUGGCUUCCAUCGUAAAAUCAGUACCGAUUUUUCUAAAGUUAAAUCAAUUACCUUAGAUUCCAAAUGGACUCCUGCUCGUAUCAAGCUUUUCCAAGAAAUAGGCAAUAAGAAUUCAAACAAAUUUUUCCAAUAUGCCAUUACACAAUACGAUAAGAUUAAUCCGAAUGUGAAUGAUGUUCAAAGGCUGGAAUUUAUUAAAAGUAAAUACGUAAAGAAAGAAUUUUAUCAAUUUUCUAAAUUCAAAGGCGAUGCAAAAGGAUUGGGAGAGGCUUUAUGCGAGGUUGUAAAAACCGAUAAUAUCCUUGAAACUCUUAAUUUAUUACUCUCUGGUGCCGAUGAAUUAUUGCAAGCCCAUUAUGAUGAUUUGGGUGGUGAAAUGUUAAAUCCUGGAAAGUUAUCCUCGGUUAAGUUACCACCUAGUUCUGAAAUCAUCAAGCAAGGAUACCUAGACAAGAAAGGACCCCAAACUUAUGAUAGAUUCCUCAAACGUUACUUUGUUUUAACACCAAAGGAACUCAUUUAUCAUAAGGAUGCAUCCGUGGCUGGUAGAAUCAGCGUAAGCUCAAUAACUGAUGUAUCUGUACAAGGAAAUUGCGAGAUUGUAAUAUCUACACAACAACGAAGUUACACCUGUCGUGCAAGUAAUGCGGAAGAAGCAAGAGAAUGGGUUGAAGCGAUUACAUGGAAAAUUAAGGUUUUCGAGGUUCCAAUUGAACACCAAGAUACUGCUGACGGUAUUCCAUACGUUGUCGAUACUUGUAUACGCUUCAUUGCCGAAUAUGGCCUUCAAGAAGAAGGCAUUUACAGAAAGAGUGGUAGAAAUAAUAUGGUUGAGCAGCUGCGUAAGGCGUUUAACGCAGAUGCUGCUAAUGUAGUCAUAGAUCCAGAAGUCUAUUCGGUACAUGAUGUUGCAUCAACACUUAAGAAAUAUUUUCGUACAUUACCGGAAUCGAUCUUUACGCAAAGGCGGUCAGAUAGUAUCAUUUGUACUUACAGUAUCAAUAGUAAAUCUGAAAAGAUUGAAGCUCUGAAAGGAUUUUUAGAUGACUUGCCCGAAGUUAAUUAUCGAACUUGCCGAUACUUGAUAAAACAUCUUGUUAGUGUGUCAGAACAUUAUCGAAUAAAUCUGAUGUCGGUAGACAACCUUGCGUUGGUUUUUACGCCUACUCUUUUUCAGUUGCAGCAUUCCAAUGAAGAAAUGGCAAUAGGUGAAGUGGAUAUUGCUCUCGGCUCGUUGCAUGAUAUCAUAGCUGAACAUGAAGUACUUUUUAGGAAAUUUGAUGACACACUCUCAAGCAAGGAAAUGCUGCCGAGAAAGUCAUGUGGUUAUCAGGCGUUCAUAGCAUUCUAA